GUCAGUUUGACUGUGACUCUGUGGUGAUUCUCCUGUGAGGGCAGAUGAGGGGAUAAACGCCAGCUCGGGAUCGAUUCAAAGCGUGACCUGUAACCAGGACAAGCAGAGCUCAAGAGCACCGUCCUCUGGCAGAAGAGAAAAACCAAGAGAAUCGGGGGAUAAACGCUGUAUCAACUUAAUGUAAUCCCUUCCUUUAUUGAAGGAGCUCAGACAUUCUGCUGUGUGUCUUGUUUGUUUGCACUGGGACAAAUUCAUCACAGCGCAGCCAAAAGUAUGUCAACGAAAAGGACUUUAUAGCCACCGACUGCAGGCAGAAUAGAAGAAAAGCAUCAUAAAUAAUGGAGGCUUCCAGUUCUGCUCACGUGGGGACUCCCCCGUGUACGCCCGUCAUCCACACCGUCCCCAACGUCUCCUCUCCCAGCUACAAGCAGUUCUUCUUGGAGUACCAGGACAACUCGGUCCUCGUGCAGCAUUACAACUACACCGGAAAGCUGAAGAAAGACCGCUUCCGCGAAGACCUCAAGCCCGAGAGCAUUGCAUUCCUGGUCGUGUGUCUCCUCAUUGUCCUGGAGAACGCUGUGGUUCUCAUCGCUAUUUGGAGGAACAAGAAGUUCCACCUGCCCAUGUACUACCUGCUGGGCAACCUGACUCUCUCCGAUCUGCUGGCCGGGAUUACAUACAUGGCCAACAUCCUCAUGUCCGGACACAAUACGUUGAAACUGACGCCGUUGCUAUGGUUCCUCAGGGAGGGGGGGGUCUUCAUCACUUUGGCCGCCUCUAUCAUUAGUCUACUGGCCAUUGCAAUUGAACGCCAUGUUACUAUGGUGACCAUGAGGCCCUACCACGGGGCGAAGCGGGGACGGAUGCUGGCCCUGAUUGGUGCAAGUUGGGCCUUGGCGGGGUUUCUGGGGGUUCUCCCGAUUUUGGGGUGGAACUGCAUCCGCAGACUGGACCAGUGUUCGACGGUCCUCCCCCUUUAUGCCAAGAGCUACAUCCUCGGCUGCGUGUCCGUGUUCAGCGCGGUGCUCCUGGCCAUUGUGGUCCUCUACGCCAGAGUGUUCCGCAUUGUGCGCACCAACACGCAGCGCCAGCGGCUGGGCCUGUCGGGCAGCGUGAGGAAGGGCUUGGCGAGGAAGUCGCAGAAGUACAUCGCCCUCCUCAAGACGGUCACCAUCGUGCUGGGCGUCUUCAUCGCCUGCUGGCUGCCCCUCUUCGUCCUGCUCCUCCUUGAUUUUUUCUGCCCCAACCGCAGCUGUCCCCUGCUCUACAAGGCAGAUUACUUCCUGGGAGUGGCCAUGGUCAACUCGCUGCUCAACCCGAUCAUCUACACUCUGACCAGCAAGGACAUGAGGAGAGCCAUUCUGCGGCUGCUCUGUCGGCCGUGUCUGAUGACCCGAGACGGCCAGGUGAAGAAGAUUGGGAUGCCGUUCCUGGAGUGCAGUUUUAGUAAAUCUGAGGUGACAGCCCAGAAGUUGGAGGUGGGAAUGGAGACGACCAUUUCCUCUGGGAACGUUAUCACCAACUCAUCUCCCAUUAAGGCCCUUUACCCCAAGCUCUUCAAGUCAUAAAGACUGUGACUGACUGAGUCUAGGUGCGUGAACAGGGCUCACCCCCCCGAGAACACAACAUGUACCACAUCUUCUAUAAGGAGGAAGCAGUACGGACCUGUUGUCAUUUUGGAGCAUUGGCAGAAACACAGUGUGUGUUAAACAUUCUGGAGGCACAAGCCUUUCUUGUUUGGACACUGACUCACCUCACCAAGUCAGGAGUGGUGCAGAAUUUCAUUGUGAGAUGGUCACACAAGAGGAAUGCCACCCAAAAGUGAACAAAUAGACACACUUUCUUUUACUACUUUGCACUGAAAUAUUACAAUGAAUGGAGAAGCAGCCUCAUCUGCAAUUUUGGUUCUACCGUAAGAUGACGUCUGUUAACCCCAAAGACUGUAAUGACUGAAAAAAUGAACAUUUUCUGUGUUAAUGAUGGGUUUCCCCAUUGAAGUGCCUUGAAUGCAGCACAAAUACGUCUCGCCUGGACUCCACCGGUUCGAAGCAAUCGCGGUGUGUCAGAUUUGUUGAGAUGGAGUUGUGCGAGGCACAGGGACACAUGUGUGAUGCAGGGAGGCUGAGCGACAACAGGAAAGAGAGAGAAAGAGCGAUGUCACCACAGUCAACCCUCUUAAACUCAUUGGGGUUUGGUUUCUGUUGUCCUUAAAUGUCAGCCUGGUAUCUGAAGGAAAACUGCAACAGCAAUACAAACAAUAAAAUGUCAUGUUGUGGGUUUUUUCGGUUAACAGGGGAUUUCUUUCCAUAAUGACAUGCUGAUGGUUUGCUGAUGGUUUAGCUGAAAAUCAAUCAGCUGCAAAUGCAGUACUUGUACGUAUAAACCUUAAAAAAGGUGGCUAUUUUAAAGAUUUCAACUCACAAACAAAGUUGCCAAUUUAAUUAAUGAUCAUGCAGAUGUAGGAUUUUUGAAGAUAAAUAUUGUGCCUGCACUUGUAAGAUAAAUCAUAUACAAGCACCGCAUCACUGCCCAUCACUAUCCAUCACGAAUAUUUCCAUUUUUUGUUUAAGGUAUGGAUUUUUCAUAAUUACAAAGUUAGUCUGACAUUAUUUUUAUAAAGAUUUAGUGAAGUUUUGUAUUUCUUAAGCCUUUUAUAUAAUCUGUUUUGUAAAUUAUAUGUAUUUUG